AAAAAAAAACGUGGACGUGUCGCUGAACAAAACCUGAUAUCAGUGACAUCAAGCCUUUUACUUGUCUCUUCGACCGAGAGAGUAAGACUUCAAAGGUAGAUCUUUGGUCUGACUCUCCACACGGAUGCGCGCCGACCUUGGAGACUCCAGACGCGCAGCGGAGGAUUUUGCGCACUGAAAUCAAAUAGAGCUGAAGAGAGCGCACUGCUGUCUGAAUGACUGCAGUCCUGUCACUGGGAUACGGGCUCACUUGGCUAUACUUUUUACAGCGCACAUCGCUAUCGUAUUGAUAUUGUUUAUUGGAUUAAGUAGGGGAAAAUAUAACGCGCAUUUUAUUUCGGUUUUGCUUUGAUUCGCAACUUAGAGGAGUGUUGUUUGAACUGAGCCGCUGAAUGUAGCCGUUUCACCUUAUUUGUAGAGAAAUACAAGUGUCCCAGCUGCACAGGGGAGACGAGAGACGGAGACGUUUGAGAGGAUUUUAGGACUCUUUCCCAAAAGUGGAUUGAACAAGGAUGAUUCCAACCACCUUACAUAAUUAAGUGAGGUAUAACAUUUGGAAAAAAAAGAAGAAAAAAAACGGUGAUCACAGCAAUGCUUCAAAGGCAUGUGGGUCUGUCCCUCUCCAAAAUUUCCAGAGAGGAUUUAAGCGCCGCUCAUUUCGAAUAAGUCGAGAAGUCUGUGAAGAUGAGAGCUCUGCAAACAUUCCUGUUUCUUUUCCUCCUACACCAGGUCACAUGCAAGAAAAUGCAUGGAGGAGCCACAGAGCUCAUCGAAUGGAGCAACAGUGAUGAUGAACAGAAGAUUUCUCCCACGGGGGCCACUCCACGGAUCCUCAACCCCCUGCGUUUGUUUGCCAGGGGCUCCCCCGGGUUCAAGAGCAACAUGAGGGAAAUUACAUAUUUACAGAACAUGGAGGACUUCUGGGACUGGUUAUCUAACCAGACAGAUGUUCAGGGUGCACAGGCCAGAACUAAACGCAGGCCCAUCGUCAAGACUGGCAAGUUCAAAAAGAUGUUCGGGUGGGGGGAUUUCCACUCCAAUAUCAAGACUGUCAAGCUUAACCUGCUCAUUACAGGGAAGAUUGUGGAUCACGGGAACGGCACCUUUAGCGUUUACUUCCGCCAUAACUCCACGGGUCUGGGGAAUGUGUCGGUCAGCCUGGUACCACCCUCCAAGGUGGUGGAGUUUGAGAUCGCCCAGCAGUCCACACUGGAGACCAAAGACACCAAAUCAUUCAACUGUCGCAUUGAGUACGAGAAGACGGACCGCAACAAGAAGACUGCCCUGUGCAACUUUGACACGUCCAAGGUGUGCUAUCAGGAGCAGACGCAGAGCCAUGUGUCCUGGCUGUGCUCGAAACCCUUCAAAGUCAUAUGCAUCUAUAUAGCCUUUUACAGUGUAGACUAUAAACUGGUGCAAAAGGUAUGUCCUGACUACAACUACCAUAGUGACACACCUUACUCCUCCACAGGAUGAUCUAGUUGUGUUGUUAGUGUGCAUCGACCUUUUGUGUGAUCUUCAAAUGUAAAUGUCAACCUCUAAGUUCCUUGUCCCGAAACACCUAAGUACCUGAGAUGACCUGACACGUUGCGGGAAGUGCAACUUAUAAUGGGACACACUCUGGAGGGAUUUGAUGCAUUGUUACAAACUUUUGUGUAUACUGCAGAUAUAUAUACUGAUCUAAUAUUCGAGAUAGUUAGGUGUCCAGGGACUUGGUUUUAGGGGUUGAUUUGGGAUUCCGAGCUAGUAGCUACCAACCCCAGGUGACCCCUCCCCAUCAUAACAGCACAUGUUCUUCGUAAACCACUGGUAUAAUUAGCAUGUUGUCCAGAUGUUUUCUUCAAGGCUAGACCAUAGGCAAGCGUCCUCCCAGUUGGAAGCGAAUACUGACUGCUGUGCCAGUGCUGCAUUGAUGCUAACAUUGUGAAACAAUUUCCUCACCUCAGCCAGUUACGGGAUGAAAUACGACAAGGCUUUGAAAUCGUGUUAAUUAUUACAUCACCGAGACAUUUGAAUUGUUAUUCAACAGGGCAUAAAAUUAGAUAUUUCACUUUUGAAACCUCGCUAUAUUUCGACUGAGUCAAAAUGAAAUGGUUCAUUGGAUUCAAAGGAGAGGAGGAGCAAACACCCAUUUGUACCUGUUCACAGAACACAGACAUGACAGUAUCUAAUAUAGAUUUGAUUUGGUUUGAUUAAUGGGUAUUUUGUCAAGUAGAUCUACAGUUGUAAAUAAUUAAUAUGGCCUUACAAUCUAUAUUUUAUCUCAUAUAAGGAGUGGAAUAAAUUGCUUGAUUAUGUGUCCAUGACAAAAUAAAUUGAUCCGACACGUCUAAUCCAAAGGCAAGUAGAAAUCAUAAAUCAUUACAUGUGCAUAUGUAGGUACCCAUUCAUGUAUAACCUGGCUGCUACCUUGAGAGCUCCUUAAAAUGUGUCGGGUUUUCUGCUGUUAUCAUCAUAAGGCAUGUGUAUGCUAAACUAGCCUGAAAUCCAACAUCUGUGUUUGCAGGAUGUACUUUGAGGCAUCAGCCUGCUGAACGGGCCCCGCAGUGGAUUAAUGUGUCAGGAGAGGUUGGGGGAAAGCGAUAAUUGCUGGACAGGUGGAUUUAGUGAGUCUGGCAGACAAUUAUCAGCACUUUGUCAUGGUCCUGCCACCAGCCCUGACAUUACCUGUCUUUAAUAGGCUUUAAUUAGCCUGGGAAAUUUCAUUUACCUAAGACCAAGAGCGGAGAAACCAAAAGCCCCUCCAAAAAAAAAGAAGAAAAAAGGC